CGUAUCACGAGUUUUUGCAUUUUGACCAGUAGGGGGCAGAAUAUGUUAGGCAAUCUGUCUAAGAACCCGGUCUUGCGAUGACAAAGAAGACAACUCGGAAACAACGCGUCAGCAAAGAAUCCCUGCUUGGAAAAUGGCUACCGGAAUGGAUCAAGUAGCAGGCAUGAGUCUUAUUGUCUUCAGCCUCAUGCUGUUUACUUACUAUUCUAUCUGGGUCAUUGCUCUGCCUUUCAUGGACGGUGAUCAUGAAUUACACAACUAUUUUCUUCCACGGGAAUACACAGUCAUUCUGCCUGGCAUUGCAGCAGUACUACUGCUCCUUUGUAUAGGGGCCUUCACUGCUGUAGUACUUUGGAAGAAUCAGAGACCAAAAAAAGUAAACUAAUCUCAAGAUGGGACGAUUGUUUGUUUCCAAUAUUAUGUGCAACUGUAAAUAUGUUAAAAAAAAUCCCCCUUCUUUGCCAAUUGUUCCUUAACAGAUUACUCACAAAUACAUAUUUUUGUAUAUAAAUAAAUGUUUAGAAAAAAAACGCAAA